AUGUUGCGCACCUACAAGCCCAGGACUCCCGGUGUUCGACACUUACGGCGACCUAUAAACGACCACCUCUGGAAGGGACGGCCAUUCCUACCUCUGACAAUUCCGAAAAAGGGCCAGGGCAAGGGUGGACGAAACGUGUAUGGUAGAAUCACUGUCAGGCACCGAGGAGGUGGUGCCAAGAGGAGAAUACGCACAGUCGACUUUAUACGAUGGCGCCCUGGACCGCACCUGGUCGAGCGGAUCGAAUAUGACCCUGGACGUAGUGCCCAUAUCGCCCUGGUCACGGAGCAAGCCACCGGACAAAAAUCGUACAUCAUUGCUGCCGAUGGACUGAGAGCCGGUGACAUUGUCCACAGUUAUCGCGCCGGUAUCCCGCAGGAUCUUCUCGAUAGCAUGGGUGGUGUUAUCGAUCCUGGUAUUCUUGCGGCCAAGACUGCCUUCCGAGGAAACUGCUUGCCAAUGCACAUGAUUCCAGUUGGCACAACAGUUUUCUGUGUUGGUUCAGCCGCAAAGAGAGGCGCCGUGUUCUGUCGGAGUGCGGGCACCUCCGCCACAGUGGUAAACAAGAACGAAGAGACAAAGGAUGACGGAACAAAGAUCAUGACUGGAAAAUACGUCGAGAUCCGGCUUCAGAGCGGCGAAGUUCGCCGUGUGAGCAAAGAUGCAUGCGCCACCAUCGGAGUUGCCAGCAAUAUCCACCACCAUUAUCGCCAACUCGGCAAGGCUGGUCGAAGCCGGUGGUUGGGUAUUCGACCUACCGUCCGUGGUGUGGCCAUGAACAAAGUUGAUCAUCCUCACGGUGGUGGUCGAGGAAAGUCAAAGGGUAAUCGUCAUCCUGUGACGCCUUGGGGCCGACCGACCAAGAGCGGUUACAAGACUCGCCGUACGCACAACAUCAACAAGUGGGUUGUGACGCCCCGGCCACGCAACCACGGCAAGCGGAGAGACAAGAGGUCGUCCAAGGAGUGA